UAGAAAGCCAGAGAGAAGGAGAGAGAGAAAAAGAGAGAGAGAGAGAGAGAGUUGGCCCAGCAGAUCGAAGAAGACGGCUUGAGCUUUCUUCUUCCAUGGAGUUUUGAUUAUUUUGGCAGUGUCUCUUCUCUUAUUUAUAUUAAAACUGUCGCUACUUAGAUUUUCUAUCUCCUGAUUAAAAAUUCUCGGUAUUAAUUUUUUUUUGUUUUUCUUAGUGAAUCUCGGAAGCACUUUUAUUCCCUUUUUAUUUAUUGUUCAUUUCUCGAUAAUUUGUCGCCGAUUUGGGAGUGAGUGUUUUCCAGUUAUCAACGAUUAAAGAUUUUCUCUGUUCAAAGUGCGAUCAGAUGAUGUGGGUCUGAGAGGAAUGGGAGCAAGAGUCCAGUGUGAAAGCUUUUUGCCCAGACAUUCCUCAAUGAGAGAUCUCAGUGAAGAUUUUAAUAGUUGCAGUUGGUCUGUGUAUCCUGGAGAUGCGAAUCUGCGAUAUGGGCAAUACCAGAACGGUGGUUUCUCGAUGAAAGCCGCGGCUGAGGAUUCCUACUCAGGAGGAUACGAGAGAGAUUUCAUGAAACAGACAAUGCUUGAACACGAGGCAGUAUUUAAGAACCAGGUGCAUGAACUUCACCGUUUGUACAGAAUACAGAGGAAUUUGGUGGAUGAAGUGAAAGGAAAGAACUUGAAUGAAGAUAUGAACUUGAGUGAUCGUACAUUUGAAAAUGGAAGUAAAAGGCAGCUUCCUGGAUUUCUCUUAGCAAACUCAACGUAUGGAGAAGGAAGCAGCGCUCAAGCUUGCAACGGUCGUUUGCAAAAUGGGGUUAGUUCAAAAGAUGGGGACUUGUUCGAGGUUAGACCUAUGACGGCCAGGAGAAAAAUGAUUGAUCUUCAACUCCCAGCCGAUGAGUAUCUUGAUGCGGACGAAACUGGUGAUACCGAUGAGAUAACAAUCUGUGCACCAUACAAGCGGUCAAAAUCAGGAAGAGGGGAUGCUUCUCAACAGAGCAACUCUUCAGGGUCUUGCUUGGAUGUGAAGAACUCAAACGGCUUAGCUGACUUGAAUGAGCCUCUCAAAUGGCAAGAUUCAGAACCUGUGUCUCUGUCCAGGGAUAUGUAUUCUCAUUAUGGAAGAAACAAUGCAGAUGUUCAAGGUCAUUGGUUGGAGAAAAAUAGAAGCCAAAAUGGAUUGAUGAACCUUGAAGCGGGGCUUGAUAGAAGCACUCAAAGAGACCAGCUGCAUCUGCCUUCCCAUUCUGUACAAGCAUUUUCUAACAAUGCAUUUCAACCACAGAGCUAUCCUGCAACUGAUCAUAGCAAGGUAAAAUACUCCGGGGAAAGAGCCUAUCGUGAAUUGGAAGUCCGUUCAAAGAAUCCUCAAGCUUCUCAUGAUAGCUACGUGGACUCAAGUGUGGCAUCUAAUGUUCCAAGAUUACACAACGACUACCGCCCUGACUUUGUUGGACCAUGGAGCCAUUGGUCUUCAUCAUGGGGGAAUCCUAGGAGCAGCUCACAUCAGAAAUCUUACCCAGUUCAAACGAAUCCCUUCUUGAAUUUUAUCACACAUGCAAGACCGGAUUCAAGUUUUGAGAUGAGAAGCAAUGUCUCUAAUGGGAUGUAUCAUGGAUUCUCUUCAGGGUCGAAGGGGAAUGUCAUUAAUUUCCCAUCAGCCGGCGUCAAACCAAAUGCUUCUUUAGGUGAGGUAGUGAAGCACCAGAGUUUUGAAAGCCUUCAAGGGCCAAGAAAGCAGGAAUGCUCAGCUGGAUUGCCCUGGCUAAAACCUAAGCCCCCUUUCAAAAGUGAAAUAUCCAACGGAUUCUUGGAUUUGAAUGCUUCGACAAAUCAGUUUAUGGAUGGAAUCGACACAGGGGACUGCCUGAAUAGUGUUUCUCCUCAGAAUGGUUUGAGUUCUGCUUCAUGGUCUAAUAAUGCCAACAUGAGAAGAGUUCAAAUGACCGACCCACAGAGUAGUAGAAAAAUUAUUGGGUGUCCAAUCUUUGAGAAGCAAUCUAUUUGCAAAGAGGAGCAUGCUUCCCUUAUCUCUCAUUCCUUGUGUAUCGCUGAUCAACGUAAGGAAGUAAAUCACUUGGUAAAGCGAGACCUCGAUAUCAACUUGCCAUGUGAUGCCUCGGUGUCUGUUGACCAGCAUGGUGGUUCUAAACCGUUUUGUGUUGAAAAGAAAGAAGGAAACAAAGCAGCCAACUUCAGACAUUACAUUGAUCUGAAUUCAUGUGCUAGUGAGGAUGAUGAAGAUUCUGGCUUACGUUCCUGUCUAAGAGUGAAAAGAAAAGGACUUCUUUGGAUAGAUUUGGAAGCUCCCCCAACUCUUGAGAGUGAAGAAGAAGGAGAAGGAGAGAGCUCGCAGGAGAAAUCAAAGGAAGAAACUUGGGGAUUGAUGAAAGGCCAAGACGGAAGCUCUAUGGAUGAACUCAUCAAGGUAGCAGCACAAGCAAUAGUCGCCAUCUCAUUGUCUGAUCACCAACGUCAUCCUGAUGACGCAGCUUCCUCUUCAACUGAUGCGGCUGCGAAAAGUCCGCUCUCUUGGUUUGCAGAGAUAAUCACUUCUUGCGGUUAUGAGUUUGAAAGAAAGAUUGAUGGCUCUCCAGAAGCCACAGACUGUGAGGGUUACCGGGAAGAAUAUUCUUCUGGGAUGAUUGAUUACUUUGAAGCCAUGACCCUGAAUUUACAGCCGACGAAGGAAGAAGAGUACAUGCCAAAGCCCUUAGUCCCUGAGAAUCUGAUAUCCGAAGGAACUGGUUAUAACCGGCCAAGAAGAGGACAAGCAAGAAGAGGAAGACCAAAGCGGGAUUUCCAGAGGGAUAUUCUCCCCGGACUUUCUUCUCUAUCGAGGCACGAAGUCACUGAAGAUAUCCAAAUGCUUGGUGGUCUUUUGAAAACCAGAGACUACACUUGCAAUUCUGGAGUGGCUGCUCGACGGAACUCAAAAAGAAAACGACUGGUCACUAACAUAAGCCAAGCUCCAGUGUUCCCGUCCAUGGAGCAGCCAAUGAAUGAGAGCGUAUCGAUGGUGGGGCUUGAAGACAGUAAGCUUACAGGAUGGGGAAAAGCAACAAGAAGACCAAGGAGGCAAAGGUGCCCUCCUGCAGGUAAUCCAGCAACGGUGAUCUUAACAUGAUAGUUUCAGGAAGUAAUCAGAAUUUACUAAAGCUUGAACCACUAUAGAGAAUAUCACAAUCACUAUACAAUUAGAUGGGUGUUCAUUGUUCUCACCUAUGUUUGGGUGUUGUAUAUCUCGUCUUCUGUAAGAUGGGGCAAACAUGAUUUUCUGUCUAUUUGGUUAUCAAACAUGAAUAUUCUUCUGUAAGAAAUUUGAAUUGUUGUCACUGUUCGAUGUUGAAGUAGAAAUCACAAAU